AUGGAGACUCUGUGCAGUGUGAGCGGUCUGGAUCCUCUCUGGGACUGGAACCUGACCUGGUACACCUCAAAACCAGACCUGACCCAGUGUUUCCAGCACACUGUACUGGUUUGGUUCCCCUGUGUUUACCUUUGGACCUGUUCCCCUCUUUACCUGUUGUACCUGCAGCUCCGCCCACACCAAGGCAUCAUUCCACUGUCCAAACUCUGCUGCAGCAAGACGCUCCUGGGUCUCAGUCUGGCUUCCUUUGGUCUUUUGGAGAUAUUUUACUUCCUGGUGAAGAAGAAUGAAGACAUUCAGAACCACCUGUUGAUCCUGAUUGGUCCGAUGAUCAGGAGCCUCACUCUGGUUCUUGCUGUUGUAAUAAUCCAGGUAGAGAGGAUGAAGGGCAGUCGUUCUUCGUUCCUCCUCUUCGUAUUCUGGACUCUGCUGGUUCUUUGCUCCCUCGUUCCUCUGAAGGUGGACAUCGAGCAGAUCAUUGAUCAGGGUUUUUCAUCAGAAGCUGCUCGUUUCGUUGCGUUCUUCAUCUGUUUUACACUCCAACUCAUUGAGCUCAUCCUCAGCUGCUUCUCUGACCGACGCCCACUCUCUGAAAAGAACACCUACGUCCAGAACCGAUGUCCAGAAGAAGACGCCUCGUUUCUCUCCAGGUUUUUCUUCUUCUGGUUCAGCAAUUUGGUGGUUCAGGGAUACCGGCGACCCCUGCUGGCUGCAGACCUCUGGUCUCUGCGGGACCAGGACUCAUCAAUCCGGAUCAUGACAGACUUGGAGAAGUUCUGGACUCAGAACUGCAAAAAGCUGCAGAGACGGUGCAGGUGCUCUACAGGCUCUGGUCAUCUCCCGCCUGGACCCGCACCGACAGAAAAAACACAGCUGCUGAGGAAGAACAGGAAGGGGCGGGGCUACGGCCUCUUCCUCCUACGCGCUUUGGGGCGGAGCUUCGGGCUGUACUUCCUGUGUGGGACGCUGUGUCUCCUCCUGCAUGACGCCUUCAUGUUUGCCGUGCCACAGGUGCUCAGUCUGCUGCUGGGCUUCAUGCGUGACGAGGACGCUGCGCUGUGGAAAGGCUUCCUGUUCGCCUCGCUGCUCUUCCUGCUGUCCUGUCUGCAGUCGCUCCUCCACCACCAGUACAUGUUCCACUGCUUCACUGUGGGGAUGAGGCUGAAGACGGCCAUCAUGGGACUCGUCUACCGGAAGUCUCUGGUGAUCAGCAGUGUGGCGCGACAGCAGUGCACUCUGGGAGAGAUCAUUAAUCUGGUUUCAGCCGACACUCAGAAGCUGAUGGACUUUGUAGUUUAUUUCAACAGUCUUUGGGUCACGCCCAUCGAGAUCGCUCUCUGCUUCUACUUCCUGUGGCAGCUCCUAGGUCUGUCUGCUCUCGCUGGUAUCAUUGCCGUGGUUCUGAUUUUUCCUCUGAACGGAUUCAUCGCUAAAGUGAGAAGCAAACUUCAGGAGGUUCAGAUGAAGUUCACGGACGGUCGUCUCAAACUGAUGAACGAGAUCCUGAGCGGUGUGAAGAUCCUGAAGUUCUACGCCUGGGAGGAAGCGUUCCUCCGGCGGGUUGGCGUCCUGAGAGACGGAGAACUUGAGGCCCUGAAGACGUCUCAGGUCCUCCACUCCGUCUCUCUGGCCUCCUUCAACUCCUCCUCCUUCUUGAUCGCCUUCUCGGUGUUUGCCGUCUACGUGUUGAUCGAUGAGAGAAACGUUCUGGACGCUCAGAAGAUCUUUGUCUCUGUUGCUCUGAUCAACAUCCUGAAAACUCCUCUGAGUCAGCUUCCCUUCGCCAUGAGCACCACCAUGCAGGCCGUCGUCUCGCUCAGACGUUUGGGAAACUUCCUGAGUCAAGAAGAACUGAAGAGUGACAACGUAGAGAGACUUCCUCAGAGCUCCGACGGAGACGGCGUGAGGAUCGAGGAUGGCUGGUUCUCCUGGAGCAGCGACGGGCCGCCGUGUCUGCAGAGGAUCAACAUGAAGGUGCAGCCGGGCUCCCUGGUGGUCGUGGUCGGCCAUGUUGGUUCCGGGAAGUCGUCUCUGCUGUCGGCCAUGUUGGGAGAGAUGGAGAGGAGGAGUGGCUUCGUCUCCGUCAAGGGUUCGGUGGCCUUCGUCCCCCAGCAGGCCUGGAUCCAGAAUGCCUCUCUGAAGGACAACAUCCUGUUUGGUGGAGAGAGGAAGGAGACCUGGUACCAUCGAGUUCUGGAGGCCUGCGCUCUGCUGCCGGACCUGGACCUCCUGCCGGCCGGAGACGGAACCGAGAUCGGGGAGAAGGGUGUGAACCUGUCUGGAGGUCAGAGGCAGAGGGUGAGUCUGGCCCGGUCCGUCUACAGGAGAUCAGAUGUUUACCUGCUGGACGACCCGCUGUCGGCCGUCGACGCUCACGUAGGACAACACAUCUUUGAUCGAGUCAUCGGACCCAGAGGACUCCUCAAGGACAAGACCCGGGUUCUGGUGACACACGGCCUCGGCUUCCUGUGUAAGGCAGACCUGAUCCUGGUGAUGGUGGAGGGUCAGAUCUCAGAGAUGGGCUCCUACGUGGAGCUGAUGGAGAGGAAGGGAGCCUUUGCCAAAUUCAUCCACACCUUCAAUGGAAACCAGCGCAGAGAAAGCUCCGCCCCCAGAGACAAGAGCAGCAGGAAGUCCUGUCGUAUGACUGAUUUCUCCAUCGAUCUUUCUCAGGAGCAGCUGAUCAGCUGUGAUAUGAGCAGUGCCAGUGUUCAGGUGAUGGAGGUUGUUGAUCAGGACUUGGACGCUGAGGAUGCUGGGAAACUGACGGAGGCUGACAAGGCUCACACAGGACGGGUGAAGCUGCAGAUGUACAGGGAGUACUUCCGGACGGUGGGCCUGACCUUCAUCAUGACCAUCGUCUUCCUCUGUGGCUUCCAGCAGGCCGCCUCGUUGGCCUACAGCUACUGGCUGAGCCUGUGGGCCGACGAGCCGCCGGUCAACGGCACGCAGAGCGACCACGAGCUGAAGCUGAGCGUGUUCGCCGCGCUGGGCUUCACUCAGGGGAUGGCCAUGUUCGGGACGACGCUGGCCAUCGCUCUGGGCGGCGUCGUGGCGUCCCGCCGGCUCCACGCCGACCUCCUCCACAGUGUCAUGCACUCGCCCAUGUCUUUCUUCGAGGUGACGCCCAGUGGGAACCUGCUGAACCGCUUCUCCAAAGAGGUCGACGCCAUCGACUGCAUGAUUCCCGACGGGCUGAAGAUGAUGCUGGGCUACCUGUUCAAGCUGCUGGAGGUGUGCAUCAUCCUGCUGCUGGCCACGCCCCUCACCGGGCUGGUGCUCCUCCCCCUCACCUGCGUCUACGUCUUCGUACAGAGUUUCUACGUGGCGUCGUCGUGUCAGCUGCGUCGCCUCGAGGCCGUGAGUCGCUCGCCGAUCUACAGCCACUUCAACGAGACGGUUCAGGGCGCCGCCGUCAUCCGGGCCUUCGGCGAACAGCGGCGCUUCGUCCUUCAGGCCGACCGGCGCAUCGACUGCAACCAGGAGGCGUACUUCCCCCGCUGCGUCGCCACCAGGUGGCUGGCGGUGAAUCUGGAGUUUCUGGGGAACCUGCUGGUUCUGGCGUCAGCCGUCCUGUCGGUGCGAGGUCGGGAGGAGCUGAGCCCUGGCGUCGUGGGACUGGUGGUGUCUCACUCCCUCCAGGUGACGGGGAUCCUGAGCUGGAUCGUUCGGUCCUGGACCGACGUGGAGAACAACAUCGUGUCGGUGGAGCGAGUCAAAGAGUACGACGGCACCGUCAAAGAGGCGCCGUGGACCCUGGAGGGCAGCAAGCUGCCGGCGGCCUGGCCGGAGACAGGAAGCCUCCAGUUUGAGGACUACGGGCUGCAGUACCGUAGAGGUCUGGACUGGGCUCUGAAGGAGAUCUGCAUCAACAUCCAGGACAGAGAGAAGGUGGGGAUCGUUGGGAGGACGGGAGCCGGGAAGUCGUCUCUGGCUUUGGGAAUCUUCAGGAUUCUUGAAGCAGCAAAAGGACGAAUCUUCAUCGACGGAAUCGACAUCGCUGAUAUCGGACUUCACGACCUCCGAUCCAGAAUCACCAUCAUCCCUCAGGACCCGGUCCUGUUUUCUGGCUCCCUGAGGAUGAACCUGGACCCCUUUGAUACCUGUUCAGAUGAGGAUCUGUGGAAAGCUCUGGAACUGGCUCAUCUGAGCAGCUUUGUGUCUGCACUGCCUCAAAAACUGAACCAUCAGUGCUGUGAAGGAGGAGAGAACCUCAGUCUGGGUCAGAGGCAGCUGCUGUGUUUGGCCCGAGCUCUGCUGAGGAAGACCAGGAUCCUGGUUCUGGAUGAAGCCACAGCGGCUGUGGACCUGAAGACGGACCAGCUGAUCCAGUCCACCAUCCGCUCCCAGUUCAAAGACUGCACCGUCCUGACCAUCGCACACCGCCUCAACACCAUCAUGGACUACACCAGGGUGGUGGUGAUGGACCGGGGCUCCAUAGCAGAGGUGGACUCUCCGUCUCAGCUGCUCCGUCUUCAGGGUCUCUUCUACCAGAUGUGUCUGGAGGCCGGUUUGGUCUGAAGGUCCAGACAUUCUGACAUCUGGACCUGGUUCUGGGGUUCUGACGUCUGGACCUGGUGUGGUUCUCUGGAUCGAUCAGAUGGACCUAUAGAUGUGAUUGAU